AUUGCUUAAUUCUUGCCAAACUGUUGUACAAGUUCAAUCCACUGCCAAAGCAACAUGUGUCUUUCGAAUUACAUUGUUCUCUUUAAGUUCCCACGGGACACAUACGCAAUUAGUGUGUAAAAGUGAAGUUCCGCCUCAGAGUACAACCCCUGUGACCAAGCCUCUAAAAUAGCUUUUGUGUAGGAAUUACCCCUGCCCCAGAUUACACACAGACAUGCUGUGAAAUACAACACAACACAUCUGCUUCUCUCAUUUCCACACAUGAACCUUUAAAUUCCAGCUUCUAAGUUCAAACACUUCAGAAACGCUUCAGGAUCAACAUCAAGCAUGCCUGCAAACUACACUGGAACCUGGGACAUGGUGGACAAUCAAAACUUUGAAGCUUACAUGCUGGCUCUUGGAAUUGAUUUCGCCACUCGAAAGGUGGCGAGGAUGCUAAACCCACAAAAAGUUUUUGAGCAAGACGGAGACUCUUUCGUCAUUAAAACUUUUACAACUUUCCGAAACUACUCCUGUUCAUUUAAAAUCGGUGAAGAAUUCGAGGAAAUCACCAAAGGACUGGACAACAGAAAAUGCCAGACAACAGUCAACUGGGACAACGACAAACUCGUGUGUGUGCAGAAAGGAGAAAAGAAGAACAGAGGAUGGACUCACUGGAUGGAGGGAGACACUCUUUACCUUGAACUUAGAUGUGAGGAUCAGAUCUGCAAGCAAACCUACAAAAGAACUGCUUGAACAAUUGUGCUUAACUGAAAUUCUAGCCUGUUUAUUGAAGAAAAACAUAUUUCAGCAUUAAACAGUUCUCAAUCAAGCAAACAUAACAUUAUAAAACUGGGGAAAGCUUAUCAAAGUAGGCCUACAUUCAAUAGGAAAGCAAGUGUGUCUUCAAAAUGUGUGUUGUGGGGAGUCUGUCACUUUUCUUAUUUGUGGCAACAACUGUCUCAAUUAAAUAAAAAUUGUUUCAAUAAAAAAUACCACAGAAAAUG